AUGACUUUAGGGUUAGGAGUAGGUGGGUUGGAGGUUCCUUUUGAUGAAACAGUUGUAGGUAAAGUUGGAGAGUUGUUUAAUUCCAACACAAUCACAUUGAAAGACAUGAUAACCAUUUUUAAUAACAUUGUUGUUAAUGAAGAUGUCGAUGUAGAUGUCGUAUGUCGUUUGUAUAUAUUAGUUUGUUUUGUGGUGUUUUUAUUUCCUAGAAAGGCAAGACGUGUUUGUAACAUGCCUUUUCUAGUUUUAGAUGAUUUGGAUGCUUUAUGUAAUUAUGAUGGAGUACGGCCAUACACACAUAUCUUGUAAAGAGUUUAAAUAGAUGUAAUAAGAAAAUUUUGACAGGAGAGAUUGAAGAUUCUCUAAGCAUUAGUGGGGUUGCUGCUGUUUUGCAUCAUCCGUGCUGCAUUGAAUAUGGGUGCUGUGGGAACCAGUGACGAAGCACCUCAAAAAGGUGAUGGUAGUUAUGAAUCUACACUUGCUUCAAGAGUGGAGAAAAUAAAAAGAAACAACCAAAGAAUGAGAAACCUAAAGGAUGAAAUAGCUGCUUUAAGGAAGGAACUUAGUCAUCAAUGAAAGAUGAGAAAAUUUGCACAAUAUCCUUCCGUUCAUGUUGCUGGUGAGGGGAAUGAAGAAGCAGCAGCAGGUGCCGCACAUGAAGCAGCAACAUAUGUAGAAGCUGUAGUUGAACAAGGUGCACAUGAAGAAGCUUUACCUGAAGGAAGUGGACAUGCAACACCUUUUUAUGAUAGAGCUGCAGAUGAAGAAGUUGGUGAUGAAGAAUCCGUAGAGCAGCCAAGAACUUUCAUCGACAUUGGUGAUGACGAGGAGGAUGAAGUAAAUGUUGCUGUUGAACCGAUGGUUGUAGAGCCGUUGUAUACCUUUGUAGGUGAUCUAAGAGAAACGGUUGAUGUGUUUAUUUUGUACUUCCUUGCGACGCGCAAAGGCAUUGUAUAGAGCUAUGUUUGUGAAAUAAUGGGUCAAUUGCUGACCACCAAGGAUUGUAACUCUUUAGGGCAUAGAGAAUGUGUAGACAACAUGGUUAUAAUUUUUGCAGCAACCAUGUUCAUGUACUUUGAGAAAAGGUCGACUGGAUCCAUAAAGCGGAUUAUAUUCAGUCCAAUGUUUGCGACCCAUUUUUUGAACGACAAUAAAAAAAGAAUUGCCAAAAGACAUGUGUGGCAACUUAGUGAUUACCAGGCUUAUUUCCAAAAUGAUCUAGUGAGAGUGGAAGAUUUAUUGAAUGCUGAUUGGGUGUUCAUCCCAGUUGUUAGUAGUGGUCACUGGUGGUGCUAUGCACUGAAGGUCUGCACCAUGCAGUUUUUUGUGAUUGACUCAUUGGAUAAGGGAAUAAGAGGAUGUUCUGGGAUUGACAAAAGCAUUGUAUGUUUUAGAGUUGUUGUUGAGUGGUAAGUAAUUUAAUCAUUCUUUAUUUGACCUUGUUUUGGUUAUUUGUGUACAAAACAGGCUAAAAAUAUUCAACACUUUUGGGGUUUGCUUACAACUACAUUGGAAGAUUCUAAGAUUGGUUUGAUGAUGUUUGUUAAUAUUAGAUCAUCUUUUGUUUUGAUAUAUUUUUCAAAACUGUUUUGCACACUUUUGACAGGUUAAUCUUUGGAAUAACAUUAUGUGAGACAAACUAAAUGCUCUGGUAAUCGAUUACAAUGGCAGUUGUAAUCGAUUACAGCAGCAUGACAGCAAACAGAUGAAGUGGCGCUGCAAACACAAUUAAUUACCUCCAUCAAUUCUUCAUAACUUCCACCACCCAGUUUUAAAAUCACGGCCACUCUAACCGUUACCCACCUCACCCACUACCCCAUUACUUAUUAAUUAUGAUUAUAACCCACUUGGCAAAAGGAAAACGUUCCUCACUGCAAAUUAAUCACAACAUCCAUUCCUCAUUUCAAAACCCUAAAGACCACUAAUGGCGGAUCGUGCAUAGAAGAAACGGCGAGCUUCCUCUUCCAAAGGGGGAUCUCGAAGUCGCCCAUCACCUUCCCCUCCAACGUCGCCACCAUUAACAUGUAAUGAAAUGUUCUCUAACGACGAGCAAUACGAAAGGU